GAUUUUUCGAAGCAUAGCUACAGAGAGAGAGAGAGAAAGAAGCAAUCUUGGUCUCUCUUUUUGUCAGCUUCACUUCGAUUCCCGCCACUGCUCUGCAAGCAUAGGAUAUGGCUGAGGUGAAAUCAGAGGAGUGUUGUAUGGAGAAUAAACAAUCUACUGCUGCUUCAUGUUCCUCUGUUUCUGAAGGCAGUGGCAGUGCAAUUCACAAGUCUCCAGGGAUAUGUAGCACAGCAUCCGCAUCGCCUUCAAAUCGAAGGACCACUGGACCUAUAAGGCGUGCUAAGGGUGGUUGGACAGCACAGGAGGAUGAGACAUUAAGGAAUGCUGUUGUAGCUUUUAAGGGCAAGAGUUGGAAGAAAAUAGCUGAGUUUUUUCCUGAUAGAUCAGAAGUUCAGUGUCUGCACAGAUGGCAAAAAGUUCUUAAUCCGGAACUUGUUAAAGGACCUUGGACCCAAGAGGAGGAUGUUAAAAUUGUUGAACUGGUAUCAAAAUAUGGGCCUACAAAAUGGUCUUUGAUAGCUAAGUCUUUGCCUGGUCGAAUAGGGAAACAGUGUCGAGAGAGGUGGCACAAUCAUCUUAAUCCCGACAUAAAGAAGGAUGCCUGGACUUUGGAGGAGGAAAUGGCCCUGAUGAAUGCUCAUCGCAUACAUGGGAACAAGUGGGCUGAAAUAGCUAAGGUCCUUCCUGGAAGGACUGAUAAUGCAAUAAAGAACCACUGGAAUAGUUCUUUGAAAAAAAAGUUGGAUUUUUAUUUGGCUACAGGAAGACUUCCACCAAUUCCAAAGAACAGUCCACAAGUUGCUGUUAAAGAUUCAAUUAGACAAUCUGCUUCUAAAACAAUACUUGUUUCUUCAAAUAAAGAAUUAAAUGUAGCUGUUGAAACGUCAUCUGAAACUACAGCCAUUAGCAAGCUAGAUGACUGUGGCAAGAAUCAGUUUGAGUCCUCAGGAACAGUUAGAGAAGUUGGUGAUUCAUCAAGUGUUCCUGCAAAUGAAUCUGCUGAUUCUGACUGUGCAGACAUCGAUCUUUGUUAUAGCAACUCGGAACAAGUGUCAAGAGCUAAUUUUGGAAUAACUUAUGGGCCAAAAUCUGAGAAUUCUGGACACAAUGGAUGCUCAACCAUUGAGAAUUGUAUAAAUAAUGGUGAAAUGAGCAGUAACAGGUUAAUCAGAACAUCUUUUUUGCAAGAAAGUCCAACCUUUGGCUCUUUAUGUUAUGAGCCACCACAGAUAGAUGGUUCAGUUCCUUCAGAUUCUCUUUAUUUAGUUUCCUUGCAGAACAAGUAUUGCUCUAAUCCAACAUUGUCACCUCUUGGUUUUGUUACACCUCGAGUGAAGGAUAAUGGAUUAUGCACAGAAACACCUCAAUCAAUAUUGAAAAAGGCUGAUGAUACUUUUCCAGAUGAUAGUCCCUCCAUAUUGACCAGGAGAAGGUCUGCACUCGAAGUACGCACCACUCUUAAUAAUUUUUUGAAAUCAGGUUAUGAUUCACGUACUUCCAAUGAACCAGAGAGUGCCAAGGAUAAUUCUGGUUCUGAAGUUGGGAGGUUCUCUGACAGUCCAGCAAGCCAUGACAAUGGGAGUGGCAUUCCCAAUAAUAAAGCAUUCAAUGCAUCUCCACCAUACCGGUUAAGAUCCAAACGAACAGCGGUUAUCAAGUCUGUGGAGAAACAACUUGAGUUUGCAUUUGAUGAAGAGAAGAAUGACGACAGUAUCAACUCUAAGGAAAAAUCUGCAAAGAGGAGCAAUGUGAUGACUGAAGAUUGUCUGCAUGAAACAAAGAUGGUAUUGACGUAGGGUAUAAAUUGGAUUAUGGCAGCACUUGUUCUUGAAGCUGGUUGAUUUUUUCUCUAAAUUGUUUGACCACGUUUACCAAUUUUGCAAAGAUAAUUCAGAGUGCAUGAGGUGCUUAUCCACUUGAUAGUUGGCAUUCUUUUCCAUCACACAUCAACAGCAGUGAAACAACUUGUAUGUUUAGAAGAAUAAGAAUUGAUACAUUCCAUUUACUUGUGGAUAUAUAUAGCUAGCUGUAUUUCUCAGAUUUGUACAGUUUAGCCUAGGAAAAAUAAAUCUUCUAAUGUUUCAUCAAUGUCCAAAGAUUCCUUCAGUUCUUUCUCUAAAUAUUUUUUAGCAUGACCCACAAAUAAGAGUGUAAUCCUUGCGUUAUGGCACCUUUU